CCGAUUCUCCAGACGAUUCAGAAAACUUGCUCGUGUCGAUACAAUAGCGCGUCGCGGUUGCCGCGAGAAGCGGCCCUUUGUUCGUCACAAGUGUGCCAAGUAUUUUAAACAUCUUGUUAUUGUUGCGAGCGACACGUGGACGGAUGGUCGCCUCGUGCGCGGACCACAAAAGCGUACGAAACCCAGCCCGAAUCGAAGAUCGAACUCGCGAUCAGUCCGCGACAAGGGAUCAUCGGCGAAGGUGGUGUCUUCUAUUCGAUAUCAUAGAAAAGAAGUGUUCCUUCAUCGCGUUUUCACAGACGGAUACUUUCAGUCGGGCAUGGAGCAGUUCGAGCAGCUGCUGACCUGCGCGAUAUGCCUGGAUCGGUACAGAAAUCCGAAGCUCUUGCCAUGUCAACACAGCUUUUGCAUGGAACCGUGCAUGGACGGCCUCGUCGAUUACGUUCGUCGACAGGUCAAGUGUCCAGAAUGCCGUGCCGAACAUCGUAUACCGUAUCAAGGCGUGCAAGCCUUUCCGACCAACGUAACACUGCAACGAUUUCUGGAAUUGCAUAUCGAGAUCACCGGGGAACUACCGGACCCGACCAGCGGUCAGACCAUGGAACGCUGCGGUGUUUGCUCGGAGAAGAGCUAUUGCUCGCUGUGUGUCCACUGCGAGAAGAAAUGCUGCCCCGAAUGCAAGGACGCGCACAUGGAUAUCCUGAGACGCGAAAUUGCGCGCAUCAAUUCCCAGGUGCGUAGGGGUUUACACAGGCUGCAGGACGCCCUGGCCCUCGUGGAGAAAAACACCCUGGGCCUGCAAACGAACUGCGCUUCGGUUGCCGAAGAGGUGGACGAGAUUUAUCGGAGGCUGAGCAAGGCUUUGAAAGACCGCACGGAACAUCUGCGUAACGAGGUCGAUCGAUACCUCGGCACCGAGCUCAGAGGCCUGAUUCAGCUCAAAGAGAAUCUCGAAUUGGAAAUCGCAAAUAUCCAGAGCAACUGCGAUCUCGCGGAGGCGCACAUAAACGAGAAUGUACCUUGGGAUGAUGCCGAGCUGCUGGACACAAAAGAGCUCUUCCUGCGUACGGUGGAGUUUAUCAGGAAUUUCGAAUACGAGGCGGGAGAUUACAGCCGGCGAGUUCGUUUCGUGAUGGCACACGAUCCGAAUCAACUUGUCCUUCACGUGGCGGGUUAUGGCGAAUUGAACAUUAAACCGGAAAGCGGAAGCGGCGGAUUGCUGGGAAGCUCGAGCAGUUUAGCCCCACCCGGAGGUUCGCCCGGCCUCAUGAGGAGCAAAAGUGAUCAUCGUCUCGCUUCGCAGUACAGGCAACAAGAGGAGGAACGGCUGGCCAGGAAUCGAUACGUUCCCGAAUACGAGUACGAAGCGCCGGAGUACGAGGUACCCAGGAACAAGUCGAGAUACAGGAGCCGAUUCAUGCGACAUCGGGACGGCGACGACUCCGACGGCGACUCGAGAUCGACGGUGAGAUUCACGUCGGCGGCGCCGCAGGAGCCGUCGUCCGGGCUGCGCGAACGUGUUCUGGACACGGAGGACGCUGCGCGUGGUCCCCUGUCCGGUAUAUUUCGGCUGACAGACUCGCCGCGGGUCAUGAAGAAGCUGCAGGAGUGCGAGCGAGCAGGCAAGAGGAAGAAGGAGGAGCCGAUCAGUCAGUCUCAGCAGCCCCAACCACCCAAGCCCCAGGUACAAGUGAGAAAGGUACCGACCGCGAUGGCGAGACAGACCAGCGAGGACGACGAGAUCUCCAGGAUCAAGAAGCAGAACAAGACGGCGGCGGCCGUCCACGCCGAGACGGUGGAGGAGAGGCAGCCGACGUCGACGCCGGUUCCGGUUCACCCGCCGCCGCCGAGGGAACUUCCGGAACCCGAGGAACAGCCGGUCAGGAGAUCCGCUAUCGCCAGGAGAACUUCGGUGGAAACUCACGCUCCGCCCGCGGCCAGAAGCGCCUCAUCGGACUCGAGCACCGGCUCCGAGAGUUCGGCCGGCUCGGGGAUACGCAACACGGGCGCGCCGUUCACGGCCGAGGAGAUGAAGCAGAAGUACCUGUCGAGGACGCCGCCGACCAACGCGUCGACCGUCGUGCCGCCGGCGCCGGCUGUCACUUCUCCGACAACCAGGGAGCCGUCAAACGCCACCGCUCCGGUACCGAGAGCGCCCUUUCAGAGCCGUUUUUUAGGCGCAGGUAAUCGCGCGGCUCCGCCACCGCCGAUUCAGACGCCGCGAGAGGAGCCGCCUGCGCCGAAGAAAAAGGAGGAAGAGGAAGAUGAGGACGAGGAAACGAGCAGCUCUUCCGAAGAGACGGAGUCGGAGACCGAUGAGGAGUCGGAAACGGACGCUCAUCCGUCCAACGCCGCUCCGUCAGUCACCUCAGCCGCCUCUCAGGAUCGUCAGAGAAGCGAAUCCGCAAUGGCACGCACCGACAUCGGGCCUCUGCUCGCACGGAGUGCCGAAGCCAGAAGAGGUAGCAAAGAGGAUUCACCUUCCGUCAGGUAUUCGUCGCCGAGGGGGAGCCUCGCGCAAUCCGCGACGACGACGACGACGACGAUGACGGCACCGAGCGGGUCCGCUCUGACGACGACGUCGACGACGCCGAGCGGCUACACCAGCAGGGCGUUUAGCGCGGACGGUACACGUUUUGGUGACGUUACGGUGAGGUACCACCCGGUGGCCGGUCGCGUCGAGGACGAUAGUAAAUUAAUCGCGGUCGACGUGAUCCGCUCUUUUAACGCCGACGCCGACGGGGACGCAUUUAAACCGCCGACGGACAUUAUUAUUACGGACACCACCACCGACAAAUCGACCACCUCAUCCACCUCCUCCCAUCUCGCGAUUUGCGAAUUACCCGGGGGUAAUUCCCGUCUCGAGGGUGGCCGCGAAGACGCGACCAGGUUAGUGGAAGGUCGUUCCGGGAACGAUGAGAUCUCUGAGUUGCCAGCCGCCGAUCGCGAACGGGAGGGAUCUGUUCUUCGCGCGGCGAUACCCGAUGAUCAUGCUGAUGAUGAUGAUGACUUCGGAAAGCAAACUUCCUUCGUUCGGAUCGUCGUGGAAGACGUCGACGCUGGAGAAGUCGGCACGUCGAGUCUUCCGAUCGACGAGCGCAGAGGUCGAUCAAGGUCGAAGGAGUCCCAGACCGUCUCCGAGUGCUCGAGUUCCAUCAGCGGGCGAACCUUGUCCGAUGACAGCGGAGACUCGGAGAGCGAUUCCGGGAGCGACGAGGAAGAGGUUGAGGACGACGAGUCUCGGGACGAGAACUGCAACGUGAAGAAGGAGAAGAAGGAAGAGGAAUUAAAGAACGAGAGGAAGACAGGUGCCUCGACUUCCGGGAGCGACGAGGAGAUCACGGUGCUGAGUGUUAGCUCGAGUCAAACCGAAGCGACACCCGAGGACCAUCUCGAGAAAGAGCUGAAGCGCCGAAGCGCCUCGAUCAUCGACGAGAGGAGCAUCGAGGAGAUGUUUGACGACAAUGGCUGGGUGAUCACGGAGGAUCUGCAGCAGGAUCUGCAGACGGUGUCCGCGAUCCCGCCGGGCUUCGGCUACGUGGACGACAGUGGGACCAUUCCCGAGGAUCCGCCGUCCAGGAGCCACGUGUACAGACAGAGCAGUCUGGGUAAGAACGGAUGGCUGGUCUCCGAUGAGUCCGAGAGCGAGUCCGAGCGGGCGACGACCUCUCUUGGGAGCCAGGUUCUUCCCUUUCACGAGCUAGAUGGCGGGAUGAGCGCGCGAAGCGACGCUAGCGCCGCGGGCGGCAUCGACGAGAACGGGUGGGUGAUACUUGACGACGACGACGACGACGACGACAACGACGGCCGCAGCGCGCGAAGGAGCACGAUUCGUUCCCAAACGACCGACCUCGUAACGAAAACUAACGUUGAGAACGGCGGUGCAAACUUACUCGCGAACGCCACCCGGUCUAAGGGCGAGCGAGAGGAAAGAGCGCCGCCCUUGCUUGGUGCCAAUGAUGUCUCACGAAUCUGUGAUAAAAUGUACGGCGCAUCGGUGGCCGUCGAUGAUUGCGAUCAUCCAUGGAGCUGGAAUCGAAUUAGAUCAGUGGCCGUUUCAUUCCUCAACAAGAGCAGGAGCCAGGCGGCGAUGAUGGCGUCUCGCGAACGGGACCGAGAACGGGAUCGAGAGCGAGAACGCGAGCGCGAGCGCGAGCGAGAACGCGAGCGAGAACGCGAGCGAGACGCAGAACCGGAAGUCGACUCACCCCUAUCGGCGAGGUCUCGCUACGCGGCCCUGAAGGAGCGCCGGCAGCGUCUCGCCCGUUCCAGGAGCUCGCACAACUUCGGCGGCGACGACCUCGACCUGGACGAGGAGCCGCCGUCGCCGACCACCCAGUCACCGAACGCCUACCUCGCGGCCAAAUACGGCGCCGGCUCGGAACUGGCUCGUAGCCGCAGCACUCACGCCCUGAAGUCGAGGGAACCGAGCCCGGAACGCGACCGUCCGGGCACGGAGAAGGACGGCGCGGCUCUGAGCUCCUGGGCCAGGUACCUGAAGAACAAGUACGGCAACCGCACCACCAAGGACAAGGAACCGCCAUCCUCGUCCUCCACGAUACCCUCGUCCAGCUCCAGCGCGGCCUCGAGAAGGCUGUCGUUGGGCUUACCUCUCAGACACGCCGGGCAAACGUCCUUCGAAUCUUCUGACGACGAUCAAAAAAACCCGUCAGGCUCCCCCACGUCCCCUACAGCAGCUCCCGUUACACCCGCGGCAGCAGGUUCCUCCACUAGCAAUGGUCGGAGGAGUCAUUACUUGCUGAAGCGGCGGCAGCUGUUUAAGUUUGGGAUGCGGGGGAGCGAAGCCGGAUGCUUUACCUGGCCGAGAGGCCUCGCGGUCGGACCUGACAACUCCAUCGUCGUGGCCGACAGCUCCAAUCAUCGUGUUCAAGUAUUCGACGGUAAUGGAAACUUCAUGAAGGAGUUCGGAACGUACGGCAGCGGCGAGGGCGAAUUCGAUUGCCUCGCCGGGGUGGCCGUAAACAGGAUCGGGCAGUACAUCAUCGCGGACCGCUACAACCACAGGAUCCAGGUGCUCGAUCCGUCCGGCCGUUUCCUGCGAGCCUUCGGCUCCCAGGGCACCGCCGACGGCCGGUUCAAUUAUCCCUGGGGCAUCACCACCGACGCCCUCGGAUUCAUCUACGUAUGCGACAAGGAGAAUCAUCGCGUACAGGUAUUUCAAUCGGACGGCACGUUCGUGGGCAAAUUCGGGUCCUGCGGCGGCGGCCGCGGCCAAUUGGAGCACCCGCAUUACAUCGCGGUGAGCAACACAAAUCGGGUGAUUGUCAGCGACGGUAAUAACCAUCGCGUCCAGAUAUUCGACGUGAACGGCCGCGUGCUGACGUCCUUCGGCUCCGAGGGCUCGGACGACGGGCAGUUCAAGUUCCCGCGAGGCGUCGCCGUGGACGAUCAGGGCUACAUCGUCGUCGCCGACUCAGGUAACAAUCGCAUACAGAUCUUCAGUCCGGACGGCGCCUUCCUCAAGUCGUACGGCUGCUGGGGCAGCGGCGACGGCGAGUUCAAGGGCCUCGAGGGCGUCGCCGUCACCUCCGCCGGCAACAUCGUCGUCUGCGACCGCGAGAAUCACCGGGUCCAAGUAUUCUGAUCGACGCCGACGUUGAUCUCUGGAGGACGAAAAUCCACGAACUCUCUUUCGCCCUUUUUGCCGAACGGAUGCGCGCUCCGUAAUAUUCAUUCGCGGUUAUUAAUUUUAUUGUUAAUGACGAGCGAGUAAAAAAAUCAUAUAUUAUAUGCGAACUAUACGUCGUGCAUUAUUUGGACGUUUGAAGUCGACGUCUACGAGAGUCCGUCUGAUGAAUAUCUCUGGAGUCAGGAUUCGAUAACUUUGAAUAUUCGCGCCAUUGUGCCUUUUUUAUCUGAAAUGUGUAACUAACAUUUAAUAAAGUAAUAAUAAUAAUAAUAAUAAUAAAAUUAGGAAUUGUGUGAUAAGACUUGAAAAAUUUCAACAUCUUGGAAAAUGAAUUAUUAUAAUAUAAAUCUUCUAUUAUUUAUAUGACAUAUUGUCUCGGGAAAAUAUGCAAAGAUGAAUAUCGUAAAUUAGAAAUAUUCUGCAAAAAUAUUUUAACAAAGUCUUCGAUAAAUCGAGAGUGAGAUAUGAUUAUAAUAGAUUGUUUGAUUAGAGAAUAUAUUAAUUUAAUGUUUUAUCUUGUUUAUUUUAGGAAAAUCACACUUUAUCAAAAUCAUUAUGAAACUUUUCGGUAUAAUUUUCUCUCUAUUGUCUGUGAAAUAACUCUCAUCAUCUGAAAACAAAUGUAUCGCCCGCUCCCUUAAUACUUUUAAUAAAAUCAUACUUUUAGCAAAAUAUUUGAAGAAAUACUUUUUCGGCACGAACAAAAUCUACUGUCACAAAAUGGCACUAAUUGCUUAUUUUUUAUGACGAAUGAUUUUCGGCUGAUUGAUUCGCGAGAUAUUUAAUUUAAUAUCUUUCUAUUAGCGUUAAAAAAUGCAUAACAAAACUCGUUACUUGUCUUCGUCAAUUUUGAUGCAAAGUUAACUUUUGGCUAUGAAAAAAGAAUAAGAUUCCAAACAAAAUUUUAGUACUUUUCCUUUUUCUUCUUCUUUUUUAAAUUCUAUACUUUUGAUAGACUCGAUGACACAAAAAAACAGACCUACAUCAAUCAACCAAAUGGAAAACAUUUUAAAUAUUUGUUUCUGUAUUUUAAAUCAAUUUCUUUCUCUCGUCAAAAUUUUCCAGAGAUGCCAUUUGAACGUUUCCGUUUCUAUUUCCGGAAACACAUAGAUCUGUCACCGAUUUUUUUUUUUUUUUUUGAUUUGUUGUGCGAUCAUUCUUCGCAUCGCUUCGAUGAAUGUUGCAUUCGGUUGAAGCGACACCGGAAGGAAAUUUCGGAAAUGGCCGAAGAACGGAAAUUUGUAAAAGCAAUCACAUAAACGAGCAGAACAACGCGCAAAUAAAAUCGGCAAAUUUUGAAUUCUCGAGAAAAAUCUUAAACGCCAGUCGAUUUCCUCCGCUCGGCAGUUUUGAAAAUACAAUUUUUUUUUAAUCUUCACAUCUCUCCCUCUAACUCUCCUUCUUAUAUACGUAUAUGAACACGGUAACAAUGAGCGACCAAAUUUAAUUUGUACUCAGAGCAAGUAAAGUUUGUACCGUUUGUAUGCUUUGAAAUAAACUGUUGCGGAAGGAA